AGAAGCGGGAAGCGUGAGCUGCCCGGCCAUGGCCAGAGCGUGGCAGCACCCGUUCCUCAACAUCUUCAGAUACUUCAGGGUGGACGAGUGGAAGCGGUCCAGCAAGGAGGGCGAUGUGUCUGUGGUGACGGACAAGGCCCUUAAGAGUACCGUGUAUCGCAUCCAGGGCUCUGUCUCUGCCAGCAAUUACAUCCUGCUUCCCAAAACUAGCACCCAGUCCCUGGGGCUAACUGGGAGAUACCUGUAUGUGCUCUUCCGGCCUCUGCCCACCAAGCACUUUGCCAUCCACCUGGACCUGUCCACCGAGGAUGGCCAGGUCAUCCGUGUGUCAUUCUCCAGCCUCUUCAAGGAGUUCAGGUCCUCUGCCACUUGGCUGCAGUUCCCUUUUGUCUUUGAGGCUAGGACAUCCAGGAAAGACCUAGCAGGUGUGGCCCCCCCUUGUGCCCGCUGGACCUGCCUACAGCUCGACCUGUGUGACAUCUUGUCAGUCUACCUGAGCCGGCGCUACGGCCACCUCAAGAGUGUCAGGUUGUGUGCCAACCUGCUGGUCAGGAACCUCUACACCAGCGACCUGUGCUUCGACCCCACUGUCAGUGUGGCUGAGGCUCGGAGGGCAAAGCUGCCAGUCACCCCUGUGCCUCGAGAAAUGGCUUUCCCAGUGCCAAAGGGGGAGAGCUGGCAUGACCGCUACGUGCAUGUCCGGUUUCCCAGGGACAACCCGAAAGUGCCUUCCCAGCUGGUCCAGAAGAGUGAUUCCCCUAUUGCAGCAGUCUUCUUGGGGCCAGCACCACGACUUCCUCCUCCCCCAGUGGUCUUUGAAGAGCCCAUGCAGAAUGUGUCCCCACUGGUCCAGAUGUCCAGCCCCACAGCCCCUCCCCAGUUUCCCUCAGCACCCAGUCUCCUUCCAGAAGCCAGCCUGUCCUGUGAGCACUCAGAGGUGCCCAGGGUCAGUGGCCUUAACACCAGUACCCAAGAUCCCAUCACCUGGGCAGAGGCUGCUGACAUGCACACAGUGGUCAGUAAUGGCCAUGUGCUUGCCCACAAGUCGACUGAGAUGCCUGUGGCUCUUGAUGCUGGCUCCUGCAAGCAUUUUCUCCCAGACCCAAUUCUGAGGCUCAAGGGUGUCAUUGGCUUUGGGGGUCACAGCACCAAAUGGGCCCUGUGGACCAAGGAUGGGACGUCUGUUGUUUACCCCUGCCAUGCCGUCAUUGUUGUCCUGCACAUUGACACUGGGGAGCAGCGCUUCUUCCUGGGCCACACAGACAAGGUCUCUGCCCUGGCCCUGGAUGGGAGCAGUGCACUGCUGGCCUCAGCCCAGGCACAGCCCCCCAGCGUGGUGCGGCUCUGGGACUUCCAGACUGGGGGAUGCCUGUCCCUGUUCCAGAGCCCAAUGCAUACCAUCUACUCCCUCAGCUUUUCUGGCAGCGGAGCUCUUCUCUAUGGCGUUGGCAAGGAUGGCCAUGGCAGGACGGUGGUGGUGGCUUGGAGCACCGGCCAGGUGGGCCGUGGUGGCCAGGUAGUGGUUCUUGCCAAGGUGCACACUGACCUUGACAUCCAGGCCUUCCGGGUUGCCUUUUUUGAUGGAACCAGGAUGGCCUCCUGUGGGCGAGGAAGCCUACGGCUGUGGCGGCUGCGUGGUGGGACGCUACGCUCUUGUUCCGUGGACCUGGGAGAGUACUGUACACUGGAGCUCACUGACCUUGCCUUCGUGCAGGCCCCGGAUGGCCACCGAGCACCUUUGGACUACACACUCUAUGUGUGCAGCCGUAAUGGCCACAUCUUGGAGAUUGACCACCAGCGCAUGGCUGUGAGGUGCAUUCACCGCCUGUUGCCCUCACGGACCCCUGGCAGCUCCCUCCCCCAGAAGUCGACUUUCAGCUCAGGCCUGGGCAUUGCCAUCAGCAGCCUCAGCAUCUCCCCAACUGUCUGCGCUGUGGGUUCUGAGGACGGCUGUCUGCGACUCUGGCCCCUGGACUUCUCAUCACUGCUCCUGGAGGCAGAGCAGGAAGGCCCUGUCAGCUCCGUCUGCUUCAGCCCCGAUGGCCUGCGUGUGCUGUCCACCACCUCCUCAGGCCACCUGGGCUUCCUGGACAUCCCAUCCCAGGAGUACACUGUGCUGGCACGCUCCCACAUGGCCCCCGUGCUGGCAAUCUCCACAGAGCGGAGCCGUGGACAGCUGGCUACUGUGUCCUUGGACCACACUGUCCGCAUCUGGGACCUGGCCACCCUACGGCAGCUGUAUGACUGCACAUCCUCUGAUGAGGCCCCCAGUGCUGUUGCCCUCCACCCCAAGAGCCCAGCCGUCUUCUGUGGCUUCAGCAGCGGGGCUGUGCGCUCCUUCAGUCUGGAGACAGCUGGGGUCCUGGCAGAACACACGUGUCACCAUGGAACCAUCACUGGCCUGGUUGUCACCCCCGAUGGCAACUUCCUGUUCAGCUCCUGUUCCCAGGGCUCCCUGGCCCAGUACAGCUGUGCUGUCUCCCAGUGCCCCAUCCUCUGUGUAGCAGUGAACGCGGUGUGCCAGGAUGCCCACCCAGGCCCCAACACCCUGGCAGUCAGUGGGGACAGCCGCCUGUUGGCCUUCGUGGGCCCCUCUAAGUACACAGUGACAGUCAUGGACUCAGCCUCCCUGAAUGAGCUGCUGCGGGUUGAUGUCAGCACCCUGGAUCUGGCCAGCAGCCACCUGGACUGGGCUGUGGCCAUCUGCUUUGGGCCUGCAGCCCUGGGCCACCUCCUGGUGUCCAUCUCAUCCGACAAGGUUGUGGUUCUUGAUGCCUUGUCAGGACGCACCAUCCGGGAGCUGCCCAGUGUCCGUCCCAUAGUCUGCUCCUCCCUGGCCCUCAGUGAAGAUGCCCACUUCCUGCUGACAGCCACCAGCCGGGCCAUCAGGGUGUGGAAUUACUGGACACAGGCUGACUCCAGCUGCCAGGUGUACAUUGGCCACUCAGAGCCAGUGCAGGCUGUGGCCUUCACCCCAGACCAGCAGCAUGUAAUCAGCGUGGGGGACGCCAUCUUUCUCUGGGAUGUCCUGGCCACCCCUGACAGUGGCCGAAGCAUGCCCAGAGUGCCCCUAGCCCAUGAGGUUGGCCCAGGUCCCGGGCAGCUGGAGGGUGCAGCAUGUGGGGCCGACGGGCUCCCCCGGCAGCAGGUGCCUGUGCCAUCUCAGGGACCCCCACCGAGGCUGGACAUGUGUGCCAUGCCCCCUGAGGGCAAUGAUGGUACGUUCUGCAUGUCCAAUGAGGAAGAGCUCUGCAAGGAGAGCCAGGGCCCACCCGUGCUUGUGGAGAGGGAGACUGGUGGGGCUGGCAGUGCGACCUGGGGGUCUGUGAGGAGAUCCCAAGGACUCUUCAUAUCUCCCCUUUGCCACAGCUGGUCCAGUACCCGGAGCAUCCAGGAAGCGAGGGCUCAGCCUCUAGCCCGCCCAGAUUCCUACAAGCACUUCAUGGCUCGCUAUAAGGCCUCCACACUGGCCGAGAGCACCUCCUUCCCUCCUGAGGGUGCCAAGCAACUGCGCCUGAGAACCGUGGUGGGCUACAAUGGGAACGGGCGGGCCAACAUGGUCUGGAAGCCGGACACAGGGUUCUUUGCCUAUACCUGUGGCCGCCUGGUGGUGGUGGAGGACCUGCACUCUGGUGCCCAGAAGCACUGGCUUGGCCACCCUGAGGAGAUCUCCACACUGGCCCUCAGCCACAACUCCCAGGUCCUGGCUUCUGCAUCUUGCUGCAGCAGUGCAGCCGCCCGCUGCCAGAUCCGCAUCUGGGAUGUGCCUGAGGGCCUCUGCCAGCAGCUCAUUUCUCACCACAACACUGCCGUGCAGGCACUGGCCUUCUCACCAGAUGACAAGCUUCUUGUGUCACUGGGGGACUAUGGUGACUGCACACUGGCCUUGUGGAACACAGCCACCUAUGAGCUCGUGUCCUCUGCCUGCCUCCUGGAGUCCAUGCAUGGUGUGGCCUUUAACCCCUGGGAUGCCAGUGAGCUUACCUGCGUGGGCACAGGUUCUGUUGCCUUCUGGUUCCUGCAGCAGCGUGGAGCAGACGUGAACCUCCAGAUGCACAGAGAGCCAGUCCCUGAGGAGGUGGGGGCAAUGGAGCUUACCGCACUCUGCUAUGGGGCUGCUCCCCUGCUGUACUGUGGCUCCAGUUCUGGCCAGGUCUGUGUCUGGGACACAUGUGUUGGCCGCUGCUUCCUGGCCUGGGAGGCAGAUGAUGGCGAGAUUGGGGUGCUGCUGUGCUUGGGUUCAAGGCUGGUCAGUGGUAGCAACACUAAACGGCUGCGCCUGUGGUCCGUGGGGGCUGUGCCAGAGCUGAGACGCAAGGGCUCUGGUGCCAGGUCCAGCUCUGUGUUCAUGGAACACGAGCUGACCCUGGAUGGGGCUGUGGUGAGUGCCAGCUUCGACAGCAGCAUGGACAUGGGCAUCGUGGGCACCACGGCUGGCACACUGUGGUAUGUCAGCUGGGCUGAGGGAAGUAGCACCCGCCUCGUCAGCGGCCACAGGAGCAAGGUGAACGAGGUGGUCUUCAGUCCAGACGAGUCUCACUGUGCCACAGGGGGUGAGGACGGCAGUGUACGGGUGUGGUCCUUGGCCAGCAUGGAGCUGGUGAUUCAGUUCCAGGUGCUGAACCAGAGCUGCCUCUGUCUUGCAUGGAGCCCCCCAUCCUGUGGACAUCCAGAGCAGCAGCAGGUGGUGGCCGGCUACAGCGAUGGCACACUGCGCGUAUUCAGCAUUGCCCGUACCUCAAUGGAGCUCAAGAUGCAACCCCACCGGGCUGCCCUUAUGGCCCUGGCCUUUUCCACUGAUGGUCAAACCAUCCUCUCUGGAGACAAGGAUGGGGUUGUGGCUGUGAGCCGCCUCCGCACAGGGAUAACCUUCCGUGUGUUGAGUGACCACCAGGGUGCCCCCAUCUCUACCAUCCAGAGCACAAGUAAAAAGUAUGGAGAUCUAGGGGUGGAGGGUACAGACCUGUGGCUGGCUGCUAGCGGGGACCAAAGGAUCAGCGUCUGGGCCUCUGACUGGCUGCGGGAUUGCUGCGACCUCCUGGACUGGUUGAGCUUCCCAGCACCUGCCACCUUGGAGGCCUCAGGCCUCCCUCCACCCUCCCUUGCUGCCUUCUGCCCUUGGGAUGGGGCACUGCUGGUGUGCGUGGGCCUCGGUGCACAUGAAGAGGUGGUCUUCUACAGCCUCCGCCAGAAGCAGGUGGUGGAGAAGAUGUCAUUGCCCUUCUUUGCCAUGUCCCUGAGCCUGUCUCCAGGGGCACGCUUCAUAGCCAUUGGCUUUGCUGAAUGCACACUGAGGCUCUUGGACUGCAUGUCAGGGGUAGCCCAGGACUUCACCGGCCAUGAUGACUCUGUGCAUCUGUGCAGGUUCACCCCAUCUGCCAGACUGCUCUUCACAGCUGCCCACAAUGAGAUCCUGGUGUGGGAGGUCAUGGGCCAUGGAUGCAGAGUGACUGCAGUCUUAGGUCCCUAAUGGCCUGCUGGGCACCCACAGAAAAGCCAGGUUGGGAUCGUGGCAUGCAGAGCCAGAUGGCCUGGACAGGCUGGGACUCAGCACCAAGUCAUCAGCACCAAGCUCCCUUGAAUUCGAGUGACCAGAACAGACAAUAGGGCGUGGGAUGUAGCUCAGUGGCAGAGACUUGUCUAGCAUGUAUGAGGCCCUGGUUUCUAUGCCCAGCACUAAAAACAAAAAGACCUGUUGCCUUUUACUCUAAGGAGUUGUUGAUGUUCCUAUCUUUUAGAAUUUAAAUAAA